GCAUGCUCUCGGUAGCUCCGGCCUUUCUUCUGGGCGGUCGAGUCUUACCGCUUUGUUUUGUUUUCUUGUAUCCGCAUUGGUGGUGCUACGGCGUUGGUGCGACAACCCCUUCUGACGGUGGAUGGCAUGUCACUAUCUGCAGCUGCUGUUUUUCGUGAACGUCUUCGGUGUCGACGCCGACGUCGCCGAAGAGCGGCAGCAGCCUCUAGAUUCGUUGAAUUGUCCCGCAGUAUUCGUUUGAGGAUCGCGAAUUCCUUCCGCACCCACGGACAAUCUUUAGAUGAGGCCUUGUUAGCACCACUGCAGUUAGGGAAGUUUAGAAUGUCUGUGCGGCAGGCGUCUUCUGAAUGUGGCACAGAGGACUGCAGGCACACGACGUUGUUCACACACCCCCUUUACGGUGCUAGUCUUGCAACACUUGAUGCACUAGAGGAGCUUCGGCACGAAUGGUCGUAUUGGAGGGCGGACAUGCCUUACUUUGACAUAAGAAGGAAGGCUGGCUUCCUGAAACAACACCUCCACACGACGUGUGUUUCACAAUCUGGAAAUUUUCGUAAUGGAAGUGCCUUCUGUCGUUGGUUUGAUCAGUAUUGGUAAGUCGUCAUUCGGGAUGGCGACGUCAACGUGCCAAAUGACGCCCGCACUACAAUCGCCGCCUGUAGGCAUCAUUGAUUGCACCUUUACGUUGUCGAUCUGUUAUAUUAAGUAGGCUUUCUAUGGUGCUACGGUGUAACACGCCAACUGCUAGGGCAUGUCGCGUGUUUAUUCUUACGUCUCUAAUCUCAUUUGGUGCCAUUUUCUCGAGCAACGAAUGGGGGAGCUGUCUGUUCAAGAGCCGCAAUUUGGUCGUCGGGUCCAGGGGCAUGAAGAGCACAGUGUGCGGCCAGAGCUGCGGCGUACUCUUCAUAGUACAAGCCUUUAGAAGGUGCCAGCAGUAGUCUUCUUUUUGCUGUUCUACUCAUCACGACUUUGAAGUCAUCGUCCGAGGAGUCGUAGCUGUUCGAGCAUAACUCAGUGGCCUCGCUAUCUGUAUCGCUCGACGCGCUUCCACGUUCCUGGACGUUAAACAAUAUGAUCAAUUAAAGCAUGCUGGAAGGUUGAAGAAUCGGCAAUGAAGACGCCAGUCGGUGAUGGUCGCUAUUCACGAUGCGGCUGCAUCGUGACUGGCGACGAGGAAGCGGCAGGGCGUUCUUUAUCUCAUCGGCAGCGCUCGGCCAGCCGCAUGCACUUUCUCCGUCAUCCUACGGGAGGCGACUUUGUUCACCGAACGCACGCUUGGAGAAGCACAAUACCACUGCGCAAGUGCGCCAUCACGUUGCUUUUUUCAUAUUUCGCGGGAUUUAUUUGCAACCCAGAAAAAGGGACUACGCGAGAGGUAUCGUAAGGGAAACAACUUGACCGGUGAUUUCUGAAGGUACUUUACCAAUGUGCGUAUAAUACUGGGGGUCCUCAGCCAAUAAUUAAAAAGUUGGGUAAUUAAACUUAAUUGAUUCGUGAGUUAUGGGGAAAAUAAAAAUCAUCUGUGUUACUAUAGGCUAUUGCGAAUAGUAUGCGUUCGGUUAAUUCCCUUCUGACGCGCCUUUCAUUUUUAAAUUCUUGGCUCAUGUUAUGUGGGGCACCAUGUAAAAACAUGGAUGCACUGAUAUGUGUUAAAUUACGCAAGUGGAGAGAAAUUAAGGAGAUAAUUAAAUGCAGUAAAGUGAUUGGCUUUCAAUGUCAUUCUUAUUGCUUUACAUUUAUUUACGUUCAGAUUCAUGAGCCACGCAUUACACAAACCAACAAUACUACUAAGAUCUGAUCGAUGGUCAUGACAAUCAGAAAGGUCAUAUUUGUUCGUAUAUGACGCAGUCGUUAGCGAAAAGCUUCCGUUGAGAUGUUGGUAUGUUAGGCAAUCUUUAAUAUAUACAAGAAGAAAAGGUUACUAGGAUGGAUUAUUGCAGGUUGUUGCAGGAAUUCAGCAUAAUGUACAUGAUAUAGGUAAAUUGGCGCUGGCGACUCCUUUCGUGGGUUAAAGGGAAGCUUAAAGGUUUUCCAGAAAAAAUGAGAACAUCUGUACAUAAUGGUUUUCAACCCUCCGAAUUCGAAUAUCGUAUCGAAAUUGAGUGAAAGAAAGCGCAAAUAUAUUUUAUUUCGACGAAAAGUGUAGCAGCGGACACGCCCAGCUCGCGCGUCUCGUUUCCGCCUGUGAUUGGUCGGGUGCCUCGUGACGUCAACACUAGUGUUCGUCCGAACCGACCGCUGCCGCUACACAUGAAGCGCGGUGCCAGGUAGUUUGGUGCUGUUUUUCUGAGAUCGUAAUGGAAAACUUAGAGAGGCUGCGUUUUUCUGAGGAGUUCGGCGUUACUCCCUACAUGUACGAGCCGAUUGCGAAGAGCCGGCCUCUCGAAGAAGCAAACGAUGCUGGUGCGAGCAGUGCUUUCCACGCGAACGAAAGCGAAGUCUUGGGAUCUCCUCGUGUUGGAAAUGCUCUUUGGCGAGACUCCGGCCAUGGAUAACCACAGCAUCUCUGUUUCUCCAUCGACGAGUCCCGAGCCUGUCAGAAGCCUGGCCGACAUCGAGAGGAUGGGGCUCGCAAAACUCUGCCCCGGACCCCGUUUCUACUACAGCAUGGGUGCUGACGAGAAGCAGACUUUGGCGGAGAACGUAAACGCCUUUAAGAGGCUCCGCCUUCUGCCGCGGCUCCUGAGGGGCGUAGCGCACCGAAGCUUGGAGAGUGUAUUACUGGAACAGCGCGUCUCUAUGCCCAUCGGCAUAGCACCCACAGCUUUUCAUAAGAUGGCCCAUCCCGACGGAGAAGCCGCCACUGCGAAAGCUGCGGAUGCGGCGGGGACGGUGAUGGUCGUCAGCAUCUCGAGCACCACUUCGAUGGAGGACGUCAGGGAGGCCGCGCCCAACGCCAUUCUUUGGUUUCAGCUCUGCAUUCUUCGGGACCGUGCAAUAACGCAGCGACUGGUAAGGCGGGCAGAGCGCGCUGGCUACAGCGCCAUCGUCUACACGGCAGACAUACCGGUGGGUGGCUCAAACACCGCGACGUUUGGAAACUUCCUCAGAGAUUACUCAAAGGAGCUCAGGUUCGCCAACUUUAUAGAAGAGGACGUCACCCACUCUGCUGGAAGAUUUCCGUCGCACGAGGUCAUGAAUCCGGAGACCACGUGGGCCGACGUCGCCUGGCUCAAGAGCCUCACUAAGCUGCCCCUGGUCGUCAAAGGAAUCCUUACUGUCGAAGCGGCCAUUGAAGCCAUUGAACACGGUGCCUCGGCGAUCAUGGUGUCUAAUCACGGAGGGCGUCAACUUGACUGUGUUCCGGCAACCAUUGAUGUGCUGCCUGAUAUUGUGCGCGCCGUGGGCCACCGCUGCCAGGUGUACGUUGACGGAGGCGUCCGCCUCGGUACCGACGUGAUCAAGGCGCUCGCUUUAGGCGCGCACGCAGUGUUCGUUGGAAGGCCUGUACUCUACGGCCUAGCUUACAGGGGCGAGCAGGGCGCCUUCAAGGUUCUCGAAAUUUUAAGGGCAGAGACGGACCGUGCCAUGGCUCUUAUGGGUUGCCGUUCUGUAAGCGAACUUCACCCGGGCAUGGUAGUUCGCCUUGAACGGUUAGCUAAGCUGUGAUGGGUGCACGCCAGUCUCCACGACGGCCCUGGAACAACGACUAUGGUCGUUCUUGUUAUAUACUUCUGCUACCACCUGUCUUCGAGGCGUAAUGCGCCAUUGUAAGGUUCGUAACAGCGCAACACAAGACACGGACAAAAAGAAGGUGAAAAGGACAACAUGGCGCUGAAGCGCUGUGUGUUUUUGCCUUGUUUUUGUCCGUGUCUUGCGUUGCGCCGUUACGAACUUUACAACGAAUCCUAACCAACUGGCUCAACUUGCCGUCUUGAUGCAGUAAAGUGCCAUGACUGAUGACAAUAAAAAAUAAAUAAAGCGAAUAUAAAA